UGCACACAUUGCAUUUUUAUUCUUGUAAUUAGCUCUGCCUCUCCAACAGUGUUAUCAGCCUUCGUCCCAACCCACACACACACACACACACACACACACACACACACACACACACGCACACAAUCUCUGUUACCUGGGCAACCCUGCCAGAGUGGAGGAAUACCUCUCACCACCUACACUUCCUCCUCCCCUUUCUCUCUCUCUCUGUCUCUCUCUCCCCCUGUAUAAGCGUCCUGCCUCUCUCUGAGGGACUCAAGGGAAGUAUAGCAGCUCAGGCACAUUCAGACUCAGCCAUCAGACUGAACUUCCCUCAUCCUCACUCUCUCCUCAUCCCUCCAUUCAUCCCUCUCCUGUCUAAUUCCAGUAAUCUCUUUCUCUUUUCCCUUGUCAUUCCCCUCUGCACUGUCCAUCGCUUCUCUUUCCAUCUCUUAGAUUGACUUUGGUAAAGUUUAAACCAUGGGCUGUGGGAAUUCCACUGCUGCCAGCACAGCUGCAGGUCCAUCUGAAUCAGCCAAAGAUGUGCAAGAUGAAUCGUCUGUCGACGACGAGAAGAGGAGGAACUAUGGUGGAGUGUAUGUGGGCUUACCUGCAGACCUCAGCAACGUGGCCAUUGGCCAGACACCCUCCACACACAAAGGGCUGUCUGGAGGGACUCUUGGCUGAAAAGUGCUGUGUAAUAAUCUCAACAGGACGCAAUCUUCGUCAUUGUUGAUUGGCUCAUUGGGACACAACGGAAUCCUCUGAGAGACAAUCACCUAAUUGAACGCUCUGGAAACUGAACUGGAAUUGGUUCUGCUGACAAUGUCAGAGGUCAGAGACAAAUCUGAGUUCGUUAGCAACACUCAGCGCAUUUAAGGGCACCUGCUACCAGCACUUUGUUUCUCAGGACAACGACACACAGGUGGUAAAUGACAAUCACAAAGCAAUGGAGAUCCUCUGAGCUCAAAUAUUUUCCCUCACAAUGUUGCUCUGUACAUGUCACGUUUACUGUAUUAAGGGGGUUUCACAAGGGUCAAGCGGUUUCCAAAGGGGGUAAGGAAGCACUUAUAUGCACUCAUCCUUUUGUCCUUUCAACAUGAUCCACAUCCACUCAGACACACUUCUCUAGUCAUAACAGGAAAUCUUGUAUAAGAAAGAAUUAAUUUAAUGAGUGUCAUGUUUGCAAGACAAGGUACAUGAAGUGCCUGUUGAAGGAGAUUUUUUCUGUGCUGAUGGUCUGUGAGGUGAGUGCUCUUAUUGCUUCUUCAAGACCUUUACUGUCGUCCGGAGGUGAAAUCAAGGGUUAUGUGUUUGUGAUUGGUUUUAAGGUCCCUCCAUUCCGGUAACCCAAUUAGAGUGACCCACUGAGAGCCUCUGAAGAACAAGUUUCAAAACAAGUGUAUCUUGACCUUAGAGAACUCUGAGGACUGUGAAUGUAGGCCAGCGAUCACACUUUUCAGCAUCAGGUCAGUUGGAACACACCCCUGUGACACAGGGGAAAUGAGUUGAGGAGUGAAAGAAAGUGCUUGAGCCAGACUGUCUCACAGCGGGUGCUGAGUGAAAGGCCGGUUCUUGAGGGACGGAAGGAUGUCAGAUGACACUGACACGGGUUCUAGCUGAACUCCCAUGAACUGACAUUUUCUCACACCUACUGCCGGAUACACACUGUGCGAUUUUCUUCGCAGACUACACAACUGUCUGGGGUACUAUUUAAUUGCCGUUACACAACGGAUCAGCGACAGGGGGUCACACGUUACGCAACGUUUCAAUAGGAAGAAUCACGGACAACUCUUUCUGUUCUACAAACUACGUUUUACAACCAAACACGCAAGAAUUGAUAGAGGAAAUAACAUAAGAUCAUGUGUGAGUCGAAUGUCCGAAUACUCAAACUGAAAGAAGCCUCUGAUGAAGUUGUCAGUGUGCCUAUUUGCAGCAAAAAAAAAGAAAAGAAAAAGAAUAUGAUGGAGAGAAUGGUUGCUCCUGUUGCAGGUAUAUGACUCCUCCCUCUGAACUUUCCCUUGCCCUGUAUCUUGUGCUCUCAUUGGCUGUAGGUCAUCACCGAUGUCAUUUUUAGUCACUUUUUACACUGCAUACUAAAUAUCUCAUGGGCAUCUGCUACGCAUCUGCACUUAUCUCAUGUCUUUGAUAAAAAACACUACGCAAUUGUCACUCAUGUGAACAAGCACCGAUUUACCUCCGAUUUCAGGCAUUUGUCGGCGAUUUCCACAAAACUGCCGGCGAGUGAAAAUUGGGGCGUGUACCCAACAUCGAAGGGUAGUUCACCUGAAAACAAAAAAUGUUUUUGUCAUUUACUUGCCAUCAUGUUGUUCCAAACCUGUAUAACUUUUUUCUUCUGUGGAAUCCAAAUGAAGGAAUUUUGAAGAAUGUACUGGUCAUUAGGGUACAUAAUGUACAUCAUUUCAAAGAAGUCACCAACGCUGCAUUUAUAUGAUCAAAAAUACAGCAAAAACAGUAAUAUAUUGAAAUAAUUAUUACAAUUUAAAAUACUUUAAUAUAUUUUAAAAUGUAAUUUAUUCCUGUGAUGACGACAGCUGAGUUUUCAUAGUCACAUGAUACUUCAGGAAUCAUUCUAAUAUGCUGAUUUGAUGCUCAAGAAACUUCUUUUGUUUUUAAAAACGUCUUUGUGUUUUUUUCAGGAUUCUUUGAUGUUCAAAGUUCAA